GUCACUUGGGACCAGGACGACCCAGAAAAUCCACAUAACUGGCCCGCACAUCGACGAUGGACAUCCACGGUCCUGAUUGCCAUGUACGCGUUCAUUGCGCCCAUGGCUUCGACCAUGGUCGCGCCAGCUCUGGACACACUCAAGGACGAGUUUGAUGUGGAAUCGACGGUCGAAGAGUUUCUCAUCAUGUCGAUUUUCUUGUUGGCUUUUGCCAUCGGCCCAUUCCUGUGGGGACCAAUGUCGGAGGUGUUUGGCCGCGUGCGAGUGAUUCAAAUUGCGAAUACUAUCUUUUUGAUCUUCAAUACCGUGUGUGGCUUUGCGAAGACGAAGCAGCAGAUGAUGGCGUUUCGGUUCCUUGCGGGGAUUGGGGGCAGUGCACCUCAGGCGAUUGGAGGCGGCAUCUUGAGUGACUGCUUCAGGGCGGGCGAGAGAGGUUUGGCAACGGCUAUUUACAGCUUGAUGCCCUUUCUUUCCCCUGCAAUCGCACCGAUCAUGGGCGGCUACAUGACCCAAUACAUCAGCUGGCGAUGGGUCUUCUGGACGACCAGCAUCUUCGACGCUGUGGUACAGAUUGCGUGUAUCAUUCUGCUUCGGGAGACACAUCAUCCUACCGUCUUAGCCAACAAAGUCAAGGCGCUCAAGAAGUCUACCGGUAACCAGGACCUUCACACCAAAUGGCAAGGCCCGGAACAUACCAUGAAGAAACGACUCAUGAAGAGCUGUGUACGUCCCUGGAUCAUGCUUACCACUCAACCAGCACUCCAAGCAAUGGCUCUCUUUCGAGGCUACCAGUACGGCCUGAUGUAUCUCGUCUUCGCAACCUUCCCCAUGGUGUUCGAAGACGCAUACGACCAAGACACCGGCCGAGCAUCACUCAACUACCUCUCCCUGGGCAUCGGCUUCGUCAUCGGACUGCAAAUCUCCGGCACCAUGCAAGAUAAAAUUUACACGUGGUGCAAA